AUGGAUGACUUGAAUAUAUUCUUGACUCUAACUCCUUUUGAUGAAUGGGGAUUGACGAUCGAUUCGUUCCGUUUACCACACAACGCAGACCGAUAUGUGAAGCCGUCUCCUAUUAGCCGUGGGACCACGCCAAGCGAAUACGGCGAAGACGAAACUCCAGCGAACGAACUAGAAUACUUCCACCGCAUCCAGCUGAGAUUCAACCAGGAGACCAAAGUGAAGGGUCGUGUCACCUUUGGAAGUGAUCCUGACCUGUGUGAUGUCCUCCUUGAGUCGACAAGACCGCGGUUUUACAUCUCUUUCGACAGCGAACAACGGCCCGCAAUCUGGGAUGAUUCUAACAAUGGUCUCAUUGUCAGCUAUGACGGCCAGGGGAAAAACGAUCUUCGUAAUCACUUCAAGUGGAUCUUCUUCCCAGAGUAUGAAACGAUCAGAGCGAAGAUACCACUGCGAAACAAGCGGGAGCUCGCCUUUAAUGUCCACCUACCCCAGCAUUAUAAGACAUAUGCGACAGAAUAUGAGGAUAAUGUGAAGAGGUUUAUGGCCGAAGCUCCUCCUCCACAUGAAGUGGCCUUCCACAACCUCAUCCUACGCAGUCAGGGGACCUCGUUCGCACCGAGCGAAUCUCUCUCUCCCACCAGACGACCGGUGUAUUUAAAGCGUGAAGAACUGGGCAAGGGUGCUUUUGGACGGGUUAGGAAGGUGCUGGACGCUACUACCGGGUAUGAAUACGCUGGAAAAGAGUUCUUCCACAAGAACGGCUGGGAGAAGGAGGUUGAGAUCAUGAAAUAUCUCCGCCAUCCCCAUAUCGUGCUGUUUGUCGACUCCAGGACUGCACCGAACCCUUUCAUAGUGAUGGAGUACCUGCCGCUGGGAAACCUGGCAGCGCAAGACCAAGUCUCUUCCGUUAGCGAUACUGAUAUGUUGGUCAUCUGCAAACAAAGUCUGGAAGGCCUUUCUUAUCUCCACAGCCAGAACAUCACACAUCGAGACCUGAAGCCAGAAAAUAUCCUUUUGCGUUCCAGGACGCCGAUCCACAUCAAAUUGGCGGACUUUGGAUUGGCCCAGGACGGAUCGGAUCUGAAGACUUUCUGUGGAUCUCGGAUGUAUGCAGCUCCAGAAAUUUUCCUCGGUCAACAUUACACAAACGCUGUGGAUAUCUGGUCUCUUGGUGUGAUUGUAAUGAAAUUCGUAUAUGGACUCCCUCAGCAUGGAAGCGCCAAGCGGAAGGGAAAAGCCAAACAGAAAGAAACUCUUCAAUCUGAGGGUGUCUCCUGGUGUCGAAGUCUCAUAGAGAGCGCCAAUGAUUGGGAGUCCGACCUUUUGAUUGAUUUUCUUACUAUGCACAUGCUCAAGUGGAAUCCUCAAGAGCGACUGUCUGCAGCAGAAUGCUUAAACACAGUGUCAGAAAGCAACCUUUUCAGCGAAUCAAUUGCACAGAAGGGAGAUUUGACCCCACGACUACACCCUGUUCGCGGCACCGACGACAUCGACAUAGAAGAAGCGUCGACGAUCAUCAGACCUCUAUCGCACAUGGAAACAUUGGCGCAAAAUGUCCGUGCGUCUAGGAGUGAGGGGUCUAUGCUACGGUCAGCAGGCCCUUCGCCGCCGUUGAUCCCUAGGGAUGACGAGAGGACCUCGUCCGUGUUUCGAGAACAACUCGACACCAGGUCUGCCAAACGCAGACGGACCGUGAAUGACACCGAGCAAGUUGAACUCCCACAACCACCGACGGAAGGUUUCAUAUGGGACAAUCGAGGCGCAACUUUUCAAAACAACGAAAUCAAUGAAAUGACCGAUUCUACGAUUGAUCGACUGUUACAUGUUUCCCGAUCGUCCCUCAAGUUUAUGACACCUUCACACUCACGUGCCGACGGCCCAGACAUGAAUAAUACCAAGGUCCAGGCGCGAUGGAUUCCGGUAUUACCAUUAGCAAGCUCACACAAUCAUCAAGAACGACCGACGCCAAGACAACCGCCGGCCCCUCAAGAGCUACAAACACAAGGUCUUCCCCUCCAGAUUCUUCAUACCGAGGUCUUCUUCAAGGUUUGUCUUGACGAUGGACAAGUAGCCGUUCGCAAGAAAGAUUUCAAGGUGAACGUGUCGAACCUAACGAGAUUGGUAUCUAUGGACGUAGAACAAUACGUACAACAGAGGCCGGAUCUCGAAUUUGAACGGGUCAGAGGGUCGGGUUCGUACAUAGAUUUUCAGGGUGCGAUCGAAAUUUACACCAUUAGACUCGAAGACCUCGCUGCCCUGAAGGAGGCCUACCAAUUCAAUAGAAAUGCGACUGAAGACGAGCUUCGAAGCACCGCCGAGCGAGCGAACAUGACAAUUGACCAAGUCCGACCUUCAUAUUUUGGGCGGCCAACCCUGUCAGAGCGGCCUUCCAUUGCACAAAGCGGCCAUGUAUUCGUGCACGAACAGACAGUAUCCGGCAUUCAGCGAUGGACCGAUGGCCGACACUGGAGCCCAAGCCGGAUUCCGAGCGACUUCCUUAUCUACGGCGAGCAGGUGGCCUCGGCCAAUCGAGCAUACACCACAGAGAGUGACCACAAACCACUGCCAGAGAACGAUGAUUUGGAAGAAUGCCACCGACGACUUUAUGGCCCAUUUGCAAACUCCUUUCAUUUUGGCCCGGGGAAUCUGGUCAUGAAAACCAUCAAGGUCAAUGAAACAGGUCACUCUGGCACGACUUGGCACGUGGUGUCUUACUACCGGCCCAUUGAUGUUCUGCGAGGCCAAUUGCAGACCCUGGCUCUAAACCAGGAAUUCAUCCUGCAACCGUGGCACCGACCGGGAAAUUCGAUACCAUAUGACCACCAAGGGGACAGCCACAGAGCGGGAGAAAGCAGUGCAACGCCAAUGAUGCGCCUACGGGGCAUCCACAGGCCAGUGAGCAUCAUGUUCCGCCAACUUGGCCUAUGUCAAUAGAUUCCGUACACUUUCAUAACCACACUCUCCAGGGUCUCUUUUCAGACCUCGAGGUUGCCGGUUCCGGCACCACGCCCGCCUCAAUUGAUGGGCAGAGAAAUCCAAAUAUGCUCAGAUAUGGCAUACGUACCCCUAGCAAUGGCUUGACUUGGUAGCAAUUCCGAGGCGUGUUGGCAAGAUACAGGAUGCGAAGGUACGGACGUAUCGACAGAGGUUGCGAUUGAAGCGGACGGUGCAAGUGCGACCGAAGCGGAGAGUGAUGGAGGCGGGC